AUGGAGAACUAUCAGAAGAUCGAGAAAAUUGGGGAAGGAACGUACGGUGUCGUCUACAAAGCCCGCGAGCUCAACCACCCCAACCGAAUUGUUGCUUUGAAGAAAAUUCGCCUAGAAGCCGAGGAUGAAGGCGUUCCUAGUACAGCUAUCCGCGAGAUCUCGCUUCUCAAGGAAAUGCAGGACCCUAAUAUCGUCCAAUUGCUGAAUAUUGUUCAUGCGGAUGGCCACAAGCUAUACCUCGUCUUCGAAUUCCUUGACUGCGACCUGAAGAAAUACAUGGAGGCCCUGCCCGUAAGCGAGGGCGGUCGUGGCAAGGCUCUGCCUGAUGGAACAAUGCCGGCUGGUAACCCAGGCCUGGGUGAUGCUAUGGUCAAGAAGUUCAUGGCACAGCUGGUUGAGGGUAUUCGCUACUGCCACAGCCACCGUAUUCUGCACCGUGAUUUGAAGCCCCAGAACUUGCUGAUCAAUCGUGAGGGUAAUCUGAAGCUGGCCGAUUUCGGCCUUGCGAGAGCCUUCGGUGUGCCGCUUCGCACCUAUACCCAUGAGGUCGUUACUCUGUGGUAUCGCUCUCCAGAGAUUCUUCUAGGGGGCCGCCAAUAUUCCACUGGAGUGGAUAUGUGGUCCAUUGGUGCCAUUUUCGCCGAAAUGUGCACUCGCAAGCCACUCUUCCCUGGCGACUCGGAGAUCGACGAGAUCUUCAAAAUCUUCCGUGUUCUUGGUACUCCCGACGAAGAGCUUUGGCCCGGUGUUACAUCAUUCCCUGAUUACAAGGCCACGUUCCCCAAGUGGAAGCGGCCUGAUACUCCACUUGUUCCUGGACUGGAGGAGGCUGGUCAGGAGCUUCUAGAGGCUCUCUUAGAGUACGACCCUGCGCACCGGCUCUCCGCCAAGCAGGCUUGCAUGCAUCCAUACUUCCGGAAUGGUAGCUCUUAUUACUCAGGCCGUACUGAUACAGCCCGUAACGGUUAUCACUGA